AUGGAUGCGGCUAGCUUCGGUGACUCCAAAGAGGUCUUACCUGUCGCUUCAGAACUAGGCGGUAAUGCGAUGAUCGGUGUGCGUGGAGUGACUUAUGCUUCCCUGGAAAGGACUGGGUGGAAUGUCUACCUUGCCGGUAACUUUGGGAAAAAGGAUCGGGGCAAUAUGGUGCAAGACGAACUGGUGACACGAUAUCUGGGAGAGGUUUGGCAGUGUCUCGAAGAACUGAGCCACGACGCGCCUCUAAUAAUCGUCCAUUGUAACAGCCUGUCCGUUCUAGACAUGGACAUUACCCAAUCUGCCUACACGUGA